GUAGCUUUAUCGACAGCAUGACUGACUGAAUAUCGAAAGGACUAGAUUCAGGACGCCCACCCCAGUCUAACUGCUUGCUGUAUACUUGAGUGUUGUUUCUGUUGUCGUAAUUGUUUAGUGGCUUUGGGAGCGUCUGUUUACAAUAUGGCUGAACACCAAGCACAGUGCAAUUGCCAUUGUGCUCUCCAUGACCACACCAGGCAACAAUCACUAGACCAGUCGGAAGAAUUACGCUUUCCCAAGAAAGUGGCUUAUUACGAAGUAGACGUCGUUCAAGUUUUUGACGUGCUCAACAGGAUUGUGGCGCUCAUUAAGAUCCAGAUGCUCCGAGAUCGGUUCAUCUCCCCGGACUCCAGCUACGAGACCCUUACCCACAUGAUCCGUUUGAAAAUGAAAGAUGAUGCCAAUAUGGAGGCAUAUCUAGCGGAGAUGAUGUAUUUGUUGAAGAGGCCUAAUCGGGUGGAAUACGAGUUUGAACUGGUUGACCCUGGCACCAGCUCUGGGUCUGAAUCUGAUACCGGCACCGCUUCUGGUACUGCAUCUGGUUCUGGUUCCGGUAGCGCAACCGAGUCCAAUACUCGUUCACGCUCUCGCUACGGCUCUGGUGUCCGCUACAACUAUGGCUUCGGUUUUCCCCGCGGUCACGGCUCCCGCUUCAGCUACGGUGCCCGCUAUGGCUCCCGCUAUGGCCCCGACCCCCGCUAUGGCCCCGACUCUCGUUACUGCUCGGACAGCCGCUACAGCUACGGCGCUCGCUACGCUUCUCGUCACGGUACCGGCUCCCGUUACGGCUCUAAUUCCCGCUAAAGCAUCGGUCUUUUCUGUUCAGUCAACAAACUUUGUAAACUGACUGAUAAUAUCAUUAUCAACUGAAAUUUAAAUCAUUGUCACUUGUCAUCGAUAUGUCUACAAUGAUUUUAAAAUUAUUGAUAAAUACGGCAAGAACUUAUCAAUCUAUAUACCGCAUAGAGAAAAUUCAUAUGACUUAAUUUAAACCAUAUCAAAAUCAUCUUGGCCGACACUAUACGAAAAGUGAGCGAAAUAGGCCCAGUAGGUAAAAGAAAAAGUGCAAGUCUUUUUGAAUUUGAACUUUCUUUACAAUAAUAAAUAACUAAUCUAAAAAUUCUGAUUAUUCAGUUUAUUCCUUGUUACUGCUGAAUAACCUUAUAAAUAUAUUAAGGGUUUUUUCUGUAUAUAUAAAUAUGCGGUUGGGGAACGUUGCCAGCUCGGAUAUCUCUAUACGAAACUACUUUUAAGUAACGGGCGGGCAGCUCAUGCCAGCAAAUUUAUUUUAAAUAUAUUUCUAAAUACAUAUUUGUCGGUAGGUAUAAAUUAAGACUUACCUAUGUUUUAUUUUUCAAAGAUAAUUGCUAAGACAAUUAUUAUAGAUGAACAGAUGUUUAUUAAGAACUAUGUUUAGAUUUCAUUAAAACCAAACUCAACUAAAAUCCUGAUGCUUUCGCGAAGGCAAAUUAGAUAUACAUGCAUAGUUACUUACGUAUAAUUGUGUAUUGUAAAAGCAAAAUGUGAACAAAGUUAAAUCGUUCAAAAAUCAGUAAAUAGAAAAAGAUAUCAUUAUUUUUAGGCUUUUUCUGAAAGUGCCGACGAAAAAACAAUGGUACGUAUCGAUAGAACAAGUCACUUAGAGCAAUAAUAUUAAUAUUGCGUAAAAAAUGUAGGAUACAGGAGGUAGAAGUUAUACGAGUUCGAAGAUUCAUCAUAUUUUAUACGUUUAAUCUAUUAUAUAAAAAUAAGUCGGGUUUUCCUUCCUGACGCUAUAACUCCAGACUGCACGAACCGAUUUCCACAAUUUUGCCUUCGUUGGAAAGGUCUCGGGCUCCAUGAGGUUUGUAACGAGUUCGCCGGGUUUGUAAGUGCUCUCAAAAGGUGCGCAGCGCUAUACGUAAAAUAAUGAUCGAUAUUGCUAGAAUAAAGUUUCUGAGGCAAUUUACAUUUUUUUAGUAAAGUAUCUUCUAUGGACUCUUCCCGUCUUGGGGGGAGCUGGAAGGACCGCUACCUACUAAAAUCACCUCGUUCCAAGUCUUGCACCAUUCGGGUAUGAUAUGACAACCUCAGAUUUCUACAACUUUUGCUCCAAAUGAAAUUUAACUCUAUCGACACAUAACUUUUUUCGUCGGCUCUUUCAGAAAAGAGCCAAAAAUAUAUGGAGUCGUAAUUAUCUCCUUUGCAUCUACUACACUUUUACUAGAAUUUAGCUUGGGUGUUUAUAAAUCUUAAUCUUUGUCCAUAUAAGGAAUAGAUGCCAUUUACACAAAAACUUAAAUUCCAUCCCUAAACGACUUCGUCUCUUCUUCUUGGCACUUUUGUAGUGUGUACAAAAAUAUUUAUUUUUGUCACAUCUAUUGAUAAAUAAUUAUAUUUAACGAAUAUCUUAUAUGUGUGUGUCAUAAAACUAAAGAUACAUUAAUACUAAUGUAAUAACAAUUAAGAUUUCAUAAUUAUAAACUAUAUUAUUCUUAUAUUAACUAAUAUAAAAGAUAAAUGUAGGUAUUUAGCAGACGUGUAGUAGACAAGAUAUCCAAGAGAUAUUGUCAUCUAAUUUAUCUUUGUUAAGUUAUUAUAUCGGAAUAACGUGAAGUAUCUAUUUAUCUAUAAUAUAUGAGUGAGAUGGUUAAGACUUGGAUGGUUGGUCUUUUGAGACCAAGCACACUGAACAGGAAAGGGAACAGGGUGAGAUUAUGAAGCUUUUUGGCAUUUAAUCAUUUGUAACGUAAGGUAAUGUCAUCGUUAGGAAGAGUUGCAUUUCAAGAUCGGUAAGCUAAGUAUUUAUCAAUCAUUUGUAUUCAUUACUUACUAAAAAAUUAUCUCUGGUUUAACUAAUAUUAUAUAAAUAUAUUUAUCGAACUGUAAUUUUAUUUCCAUCCUAAUUAUAUUGUAAUAGAUUAUUUUAAAGUAAAA